CACUGGGGAGCCCGCGCCCUCGGAGCCCGAAGAGGGCGACGAGAAACCCGCGAACAAUAAUUUGGACAAGAAUGGACUGGACAAGGGCAAGGUCGAGUACCAGAAGGGCAACUACGAGGAGGCCGUGAAAAAAGCAUGGGCCCGCUCGCACCAGUCGAUCAAGGGGGGCCCGCGGGCAUCCUCGACAAGAACCUCUACAAGGACAAGCCCGACCAGCUGAAGGAGGUUCACGACAUGGAGAUCACCGUCUGCAACAACAUGGCGCAGGGCAGCCUCAAGACCGGCGACUGGACGAAGGCAGUCGAAUAUGCCGACAUGGCGCUGCGAAUAGAGCCCAACAACGCGAAGGCGCUGUGGCGCAAGGCGAGCGCGCAGAAGGCGCUGCUCGGCUACCCCGAGGCCAUGGCGACGCUGGAGAAGCUGCUGCAGGUGGAGCCCGCGAACGCCGCCGCCAGGGCGCUGCUGGCAGAGGUGAGGCAGCUGAACGAGAAGAGCAACCGCAGGGACUGAAGAAGAUGUCGGAGAAGGUGUGGAAGACGAUCGACAGGGACCCCCGCGUGCCGCCCACAAGAGAAGAGCAG